AUGAGUGGGCUAUCGGAGCCGAAGUCGCCACUGGAGGUGGUCGAGAUUCUUUCUGACGAGGAAGAGGGACACACCUACAGAAAUUCCGGCGGGAGGCGACAGAGCGCCAUAGAGAUUAUUAGCGAUGUUUCAGAUAUCGAAGCAAGCGAUAACGACUUGGAGAUCGUUUCAGAAGUAGUGAAUGCUGACAGAUCAAGAACUCUUGGUGCAAGCGAACCUCCUGGCAGCGCAAACGGUCUCUUUGUCCCAGAAGAUGAGUCGGAUAACGCUGAUGAUGGAGAGGUGGAGAUCACCGGCCAUAACCAAAUCCCACUACCGACGUUAGAAUUUCUCAUCUCCGAGGCGUUUCAUGAUAUCAACGAUGAGGCCCAGUCUCGGGCUUCGCCUGUAGUAGUCCAGACGCCACCUCCAAGACGUCGUCAGCGUCCAAACCCUUCCACAUUCUUACGUAAUCUACGGCGCCGACACAAUAAUGCAAGAGAGGCGGGGCAACCUCAUUUCCAGUUUGGAUAUCCUCGAGGGGGCUACGGAUAUGCCUUGCAUGCGAACAUGCCAUUCUUUUCACAGCCAGACCAAGGUGUCACUGCUAAUGUCAUGGAGGCUAUCCGGCGGUCAGAGGAGCGUGAAAUGGACCAAAAGCAAGAAAAAGAAGACAAAAUCAACCUCAAAACCCUUGAGAAGAAAAAGGAGGCGGUCAGCAACAUCAGUGAAGGCUAUACAAGUACUAUAUCUGCGACAGAUGAUUUUGUUUGCGAGCUAUGUGCGGUGGUGCUAGGCGAGGGAAUCCCUGCGGACUUCAAGCCCGAUCCAAAGUUUGAUGAUAAUAUUGACGAACAUGCAGCGAAACUCCGAACCAAUGCCCCUUGGUUUUGCAUCAGACAAUGCUUCGAGGCUGACAUCGAGCUUCUGCGGCGUGUGUUUGCGGCAAAAUGUGGUCAUGUAUUCUGCGGGCGGUGCAUCAAAAACAUAGGUAGUCGCCCUACACUCAAGGGACGCAAAAAGAAAGAGCAAGCAAGCAUUUUAGACCCGCGGGUCAGUGCUCCAAGAAAAUGUCCGGUUAAAAAUUGCGGUGCUAACUUCAUGGGAAAGAAAACGUUCACGGAGUUAUACUUAUGA